AUGCUACUGAAAAAAAAAUCGACAAAAUAACGAAACGGGUAAGAGAGAAAUGUUUCAUUCUGUUUCAGUUCAGUUCGGUAAUGGCGGAGAUAUGCUUUUUCGGAGGUCUGGUCCAUUAUAAGGCUCCAUCUCCUUCGUCUCUCCAUUAUUCUCUUUUCCGCAGCAAACCCCAUCACUAUUCUCUCAUGUCCGCCUCCAUCUCAGCCGAAUGCCACUCCUCCUCCUCCACCGUAGACCCACCUUCUCUCCUCGUCUUCUCAGGCGGCACUGGAUUCAACGGUGUGGUGGAAGAGUUGAAGAAGAUAACAACCAGAGUCGCUCAUGUUCUUCCUGUCUCUGAUGAUGGAGGAAGUACUGCUGAGAUUGUUCGUGUUCUCGGCGGACCAGCGGUUGGUGACAUACGUUCAAGAUGUUUGAGGCUGUCUGAUGAAAGUACUUCAGAGGCACUUGCUGUUAGGAGGUUGCUCGGUCAUCGUUUACCUAUUGAUGCACAUAAUGCCAAGAAAGAUUGGUAUGAUAUAGUGGAAGGUAACCAUUCUCUAUGGGAUGGUGUAUCAAGACCCUACAGAGAAACAAUCCGCGCUUUCUUAAUUUAUUUUCAGAAUGAGAUCCUUAGACGACCUAAUGAUUCAUUUUGCUUUGCCAACGGAAGCAUUGGGAACUUCUUCUUUGCAGGAGCAAGGAUCUUUUUCCAGUCUUUAGACGCUGCCAUCUUUCUGUUUUCACGCGUUUCAGAGAUUCCUUGCGACAGUUUAGUCCUCCCAGUGAUAUCAACCAACGAUAGGCUCACACUAGGAUGUGAAUUACAGGAUGGGACUAUAAUACGCGGACAGAACGAGAUCUCUCACCCAACCAAUGGAACUAUACAGACCGUUGACAAGAGACAUUCUUCGACUCUUCCAUCAAAGAUAAAGAGAGUGUUUUACAUGUCAAGCGAAGGCAAUAAUCUCCUUCAUGAGGUCUUCCCACCAGUUAACCCAACUGUCUUGGAGCAGCUAAAGAGCGUGGACUGUAUCGUUUACGCUAUGGGAUCUCUAUUCACUUCCGUUUGCCCAUCACUGGUUCUGCUUGGUGUUGGGGAGAUUAUCUCUUCAAGGUCGUGUCUUAAGGUGCUUCUUCUGAACGGGAGCCAAGACAGAGAGACAAGCGGCUUUACUGCUUCUUGCUUUGUGACUGCUAUUGCUGACGCUCUCAACAGAACUCAUGGUGAUCCUAACAUUAGGCUCAAGAAUCCACCUGGAUAUUACAUCAACACUCUCUUGGUACCAAAAGAUGGAGACAUAGCUGUAGAUCUCAAACAAUUGUCUGAACAAGGAAUCAGUGAUGUUAGAGUUGUGGAGAGUGUUCGUGACCCAAAGCACGGUGUCUUGUUCAAUCCGAGCUCACUGAUAAACACACUAGCCAGUUUGCUGGAGUAAAUAGUGAUUUCUUUAGGCCAGACCUGGUUUCUUUUUUUGCCUUCCGAGAUGAUUAUUCAUAAACGGAACACUGAUUUUUUUUUCUGUUUUCUUAUUUGAUUCUUUGUGGAUUGAUAUAAAAGUAAUGGAAAGUCUCUCUUUCUCUCUAAGUUGGAUCAUCUGUUGUUUGUUAUAACAACUAUGUAACGCAGAGUGAUUGUUCGACAAGGUGACCAUGGGACAUAUUGUAACAUCUCUGAGUUGUGAUAUAUAAAAAUGCUUA